AUGGUCAGAAACGGAGAGUACACAUUGCUCGAAGCUCCAACUCGAGAUCUCACACCCUCCGACUUCAGCAGAAAGUGGCUCUUCCAAUUCCACUAUGUCACCUCCCGCCUUCCCUCUCCCACAGCCCGAUCACUCUACAUAAUGCCCUUCAAAACCUUCUCCCACAUCCUCGACCUGGUCCUCGAAUUCGAUUACGAAGCCUUCUCUCUUGGUCUUACAUCCGAAGACUUCGAGUCCGAGAAGGAGCGAGACAACUUCGCCGCGACCGGCAAGUAUCUCAACCCAUUCACACCCGCACAACAGCUCCGGGACGCAGUGCUCGAGACGUUGGAGUUCUGCGAGAGUACUCUGGGCUAUUUUCCAGAUCACACGCGGACGGAUCCUAGAAGUACAUCAAGGAUUAUGAGGGAGGAGGAGCAGUUGACCGAGCUUAUUGAGAGGAUCGAGGAGGCGGGAGRGAAGGGGGUGUGGAGUGCAAGAGGAAGCGCAGGCCAGCAGCGAUCUUGGUGGAAACGGACGAGAAUAUGGUUGAGACGGGCUGGUGUGAAGAGACCUUGUACCUGGUGGAGGAAUCGCUGUGGUAUGUGGUGUUUAUGA